AUCACAUAGCCAUAUGAAUCAAGUGUCUGCUUCUUCAGGAUGAAAUGACCAUCCCAAAAUGUACUUUCCCAACAUGCAAAAUGCAAGCCCAAUGAAAAGAGCCAAGAUGUAAAAUGAGAAUACUGAAGCAGUCAGUGAUGAAGAUGCGGAUCGCAUUCUCUAUGUACACAGCAGCUGCAUCAUUUGUGAGGUUUAAUUUUAUCAGACUGACUUCUAUUUCAUGUGCCAAGUUUUUUUUCCAUUAGGAUUUCAGCAGGUGCGAUGUGACAAAUCAAUACAGCUAAAUUCUUAGCCUCUGAACUAAGAAAACGCUCUAUCACAACGUGUUAGGGUGAAAGACAGAAAAAGUUGGGGGAGGGGAAGCAAGAAAAGGCAAUAAAGAGAAAGAAAUGAGAUUUUGAAAGGAAUCUGGCUUUUUCGCAACGGGCUUGCCGCCAGGACACAGGUGUCAGGAAAACCACUGCUGAACCUAAGCAAAAAUGGGAAAGGAGACAUCAACAUCGUUGUCAUCGGACACGUAGAUUCGGGGAAGUCUACCACUCCUGGCCAUCUGAUCUACAAAUGUGGUGGGAUUGAUAAGAGAACCAUUGAAAAGUUUAGAGAAGAAGGCUACCGAGAUGGGAAAAGGCUCCUUCAAGUAUGCCUGGGUCUUGGACAAACUGAAAGCUGAACUCGAGCGUGGUAUCACCACUGAUAUCUCCCUAUGGAAAUUCGAGACCAGCAAGGACUAUGUGACCACCACUGAUGCCCCAGGACACAGAGGCUUCAUCAAAAACAUGAUGACAGGCACAUCCUGGGCUGACCGUGCUGUCCUGAUGGCUGCUGCUGGCGUUGGUGAAUUUGAAGCAGGUAUUCCCAAGAAUGGGCAGACCCGUGAGCAUGCCCUUCUGGCCUACACUCUGGGUGUGAACCAACUAAUUGUUGGAGUCAACAAAACGGAUUCCACCGAGCCACCCUACAGCCGGAAGAGACACGAGGAAACUGUUAAGGAAGUCAGCACCUCCAUUCAGAAAACUGGCUACGACCCCGACACAGCAGCUUUUGUGCCUGUUUCUGGCCGGAAUGGUGAAAACAUGCUGGAGCCAAGAGCUAACAUGCCGUGGUUCAAGGGAUGGAGAGUCACCCGUAAGGAUGGCAGUGCCAGUGGAACCACACUGCCUGAAGCUCUGGAUGGCGUCCUGCCACCAACUCGCUCAACUGACAAGCCCUUGCGUUUGCCCCUCCAGGACGUCUACAAAAUUGGUGGUAUUGGUACUGUCCCUGUGGGUCGAGUGGAGACUGGUGUUCUCAAACCUGGCAUGGUGGUCACCUUUGCUCCAGUCAUGAAGUCUGUUGAAACGCACCAGGAAGCUUUGAGUGAAGCCCUUCCUGGGGACAACGUGGGCUUCCAUGUCAAGAACGUGUCUGUCAAAGAUGUUCGUGGUGGCAAUGUGGCUGGUGAGAGCAAAAAUGACCCACUGAUGGAAGCAGCUGGCUUCACAGCUCAGGUGGUUAUCUUGAACCAUCCAGGCCAAAGCAGUGCUGGCUGUGCACCUGUGCCGGAUUGUCACACAGCUCACGCUGCUUGCAAGUUUGCUGAGCUGAAGAGGAUUGAUCAUUGUUCUGGGAAAAAGCUGGAAGAUGAGCCCAAAUUCUUGAAAUCUGGUGAUGCUGCCAUCGUUGAUACGGUUCCUGGCAAACCCAUGUGUGCUGAGAGCUUCUCUGACUAUCCUCCUCUGGGCCGCUUUGCUGUUCGUGACAUGAGACAGACUGCUGUGAGUGUCAUCAAAGCAGUGGACAAGGCAGCUGGAGCUGGCAAGGUCACCAAGUCUGCCCAGAAAGCUCAGAGGGCUAAAUGAAUAUUAUCCCCAACACCUGCCACCUCAGUCUUAAUCAGCGGUGGAAGAUCGGCCUCAGGACUGUUUGUCUCAAUUGGCCAUUUAAGUUUAAUAGCAAAAGACUGGUUAAUGAUAACACUGCAUCGUAAAACCUUCAGAAGGAAAGGAGAAUGUGUUGUGGACCAUUUGUUUUGUGUGUGGCAGUUUUAAGUUAUUACUUUUUAAACUCAGUACUUUGCAAUAGAAACAACUUGACCAAAAAUCUGUCACAGAAUUUGAGAC